AUGGCAGAUUUCUCAGUAUUCCCGGGGUUUCUGAAGCAAGUACCAUGGUGCAGCAGCAUUUUCUUCACCCAGCUUCUCCUCUUUCUCCACCUGGGGGAGGUGAACUCAGACGAGGUGAAGGUGCUGGGCCCUGAAGAUUCCAUUUUGGCUCUUGUCGGGGAAUCGGUGGAGUUCCCAUGCCACUUGUCACCGCACCUGGACGCAAAGCACAUGGAGAUCCGCUGGUUCCGGACCCAGGUCUCAAACGUGGUAUACCUGUACCAGGAACAGCAGGGUCUCUCCAGCCGGCAGAUGCCGCAGUUCCUCAACAGGACCAUAUUUGAAGCUAAUGACAUUGCCGAUGGCAGCGUGACCCUGCAUGUCCUCAAUGUGUCUCCCUCUGACGAGGGCCGAUAUGGGUGCCGCUUUCAUUCCGACGACUUCUCUGGUGAAGCCAUGUGGGAGCUGGAAGUAGCAGGGUUGGGCUCAGACUCACACAUCUCCCUUGAGGGCUUCAACGAAGGAGGCAUUCAGCUCCGAUGCAGUUCCAGUGGCUGGUACCCCAAGCCGAAGGUUCAGUGGAGAGACCACCAGGGGCAGUGCCUUCCUCCAGAGUCUGAAGCCAUCAUCCAGAAUGUCCAAGGCCUGUUCAGUCUGGACACAUCUGUGAUUGUCCGAGGAGGGACUCAUAGCAAUGUGUCUUGCUCAAUCCAGAACCCCUUGUUGGCCCAGAAGAAAGAGUUUGUGCUCCAGAUUGCAGAUGUGUUCCUACCCAGACCGUCACCCUGGAAGAAAGCGUUCCUGGGAACCCUGGCGGCCCUCCCACUCAGUCUGGCCGUGCUCACCAUCCUGGCUCUGCAGUACUUUUACAAGCAGAGAUGCUCCCAAGAAAAGCUGAAGGAGCAGGGUGAGAAGGACAGAGAGAGACUUCAGACAGAGCUUGACUGGAGAAGGUUCGAAGGCCAGGCUGAGUGGAGAGCGGCCCAGCAAUAUGCAGUGGACGUGACCUUGGAUCCCACCACAGCGCACCCUAGCCUGGAGAUCUCGGACGACCUCAAGAGUGUGUCCUCCCUACCGGGGGCGCCCAGUAUCGCGGCCCACGGCCUGCAGCGGUUCUCGGAGCAGACGUGUGUGCUGAGCCGGGAGCGCUUCUGCAGCGGCCGCCACUACUGGGAGGUGCACGUGGGCCGGCGCAGCCGCUGGUUCCUGGGCGCCUGUCUGGAGUCGGUGGAGCGCUUGGGGCCGGCGCGCCUAUGCCCGGCGGCCGGCUACUGGGUGAUGGGGCUGUGGAACUCCUGCGAGUACUUCGUGCUGGACCCGCAGCGCGUGGCGCUGGCGCCACGAGUGCCUCCUCGGAGGGUAGGCGUCCUGUUGGAUUACGAGGCGGGGAAGCUGUCCUUCUUCAACGCGUCGGAUGGCUCGCACAUCUUCACCUUCACCGACACUUUCUCAGGGGCGCUCUGCGCCUACUUCAGGCCCCGAGCCCACGAUGGCAGCGAACACCCGGAUCCCCUGACCAUCUGCUCUUUGCCGGUUAGAGGGCCACAUGUCCUCGAAGAGAACUACAAUGACAACUGGCUACAGCCCUAUGAGCCCUUGGACCCCGCUUGGGCUGGUGAUGAGGCCCUGUGGUGA